CUUGAAGUGAGAGACUUGGGUCGUUGAGACACUGAGCCAUUGGAGAAAUAUUGAUGCAGUUGCAACAACACACCUCCCAUCUCACGCGUAAAUUCAGCCUGUGGAACGGCCUUCGUGCCAGAGUCAUCCAGACACCGUUGUUUCGGGGCGCAGGGAAGACUCCUCUCCCUCCGCAUCCAUCGCCGUCUCCUCAGGUACAAGAGAUCCAAAAGGAAGAAAAGAUGUCCGGACCGCUGAACGUAUUCAAGCAACCGCUUGCGUUCUUCUCCAACCGUCCUGUUACUGGUUUCCACCGAGACGGCUAUUGUAGAACCGGAGCGGCAGACUUUGGCAACCAUGCUGUUGCUGGUGUCGUCACAGAUGAGUUCUUGAACUUCUCAGCGUCGCAGGGGAACGAUCUCCGAGGCGCAGGGUUGACCGAAGGCUGCAAGUGGUGUCUGUGCACUUCACGGUGGUUGGAAGCGUUUCAAGCAUACAAGGACGGAAGGAUCGGUAAGAAUGGCGUUCCGAGUGUACAUCUGGAGGCAACGGAGGACAGUGCUUUGAGGAAAGUGGACUUGGACACAUUCAGGGAAUUUUCAGCGAGACCAGAGACGAAUGGCGUCAAUGGUGUGAACGGACACUAGAGGGACGGCGAAGCAAGAUACUCAGCGGUAUCGAAUUGUUAGUAGCAUCCCAUACUUUUGAACAUGGGAGUUCCUCUCACCU